CAAGUCUUGUCUCACUUCGUAUUUCUCCUGGAGCUGGCUUACUUGUUCCAAUUUAAUUUUUCUUUCUCUAGGUUAGUUGGUACUCUUGGCCUGAUGAAAAAAGAAAAUGAUUCUAUGGCGAUCGAAUUUGUCCUUUUGGGCCUAUCGUCUUCCUGGGAGAUGCAGCUAUUUCUCUUCUUAAUAUUUUUGUGUUUUUAUGUUGCUGUUAUCCUGGGAAACCUCUUGAUAGUGGUAACAGUGCGAGCUGAUGCUCACCUGCUCCAGUCUCCUAUGUACUAUUUUUUGGGCCAUCUCUCCUUCAUUGACCUAUUCCUGAGUUGUGUUACCGUGCCUAAGAUGUUAGGGGAUUUCCUGCAGCAGGGCAAGACCAUCUCUUUUUCAGGAUGCCUGGCUCAGAUCUACUUCCUCCACUUUCUGGGAGCCACUGAGAUGUUUCUGCUGACAGUCAUGGCCUAUGACAGAUAUGUCGCCAUAUGUAACCCUUUGCACUACCUGACUGUCAUGAACCGCCAGCUAUGCCUUCAGUUGGUUUUUGCCUGCUGGUGUGGAGGUUUCAUCCACUCAUUCACACAGGUUAUACUGGUCAUCCAGCUGCCCUUCUGUGGCCCCAAUGAACUGGACAACUUCUUCUGUGAUGUCCCACAGGUUAUCAAGCUGGCCUGCAUGGACACCUAUGUGGUAGAAGUGCUGAUGGUUGCCAACAGUGGUCUGUUGUCUCUCAUCUGCUUCUUGGUCUUGCUAUUCUCUUAUGCUGUCAUCCUGAUGACCCUGAGAACUCGUUUCUACCAGGGCCAACGCAAGGCCCUCUCCACUUGUGCCUCCCACCUCAUGGUGGUCAGCCUGAUCUUUGUGCCAUGUGUAUUCAUCUACUUGAGGCCUUUCUUCAGCUUUUCUGUGGAUAAGGUAUUCUCUGUGUUUUACACAGUGAUCACACCUAUGUUGAACCCCCUCAUCUAUACACUCAGAAAUGCUGAUAUGAAGACAGCUAUGAAGAAGCUGAGAAAAAAGCAUGUGGCAUUCUGUUGUUUUGUUAAAGAAUGA